CCAAACAGUAUCGAACGGGAUAUUGUUGUGAGUGCGCCAUAUUGCUGCAGAAUUUUAGCCUAAAACGGGGGUGUACAAGAAUUACGGGAUCAUGUGCAAUGUGUUAUUAAAGUGUUUAACAGUUGAAUUUACGAAAACAGUGUGUGGAUUGUAGUGUGAUACAAUUAAUCAGAUGAAUUGGCAUUUGGAUAAUACUCUUACCCACUCCCGCUACUACCUGUACCUUUAUGCGACCGUCAGAUAAAGGACAAUGCACACCCCUGACGGCACGCUCGAAAGGGGCCAGGCGCCCCCUCUAUACUCACUCCCUGUACAUACUCAAGUGUUAUGUGAUGGCGACAUUGUUCUACCGCAAGUAGUUUCGUUGCCGAACAAGGAUCAAUUCAAUAAUUUUACUAACAGUGGUGUUCCUAUAAAAGAUGACUUCUCUUUGCCAAAAAUAGCCAACGAUUAUGCGGUUAAUAUUCCUGCUGCCUGCCAAGACAGUUCUCCAGACACACCACAGCCCGCCUACGAUCUCAAACAGGGAUGGAUGAACGGGAUCUUUGGUUGCCUCAGGCCUGUCUUGUCCAUUAUUGGAAAGGGUGUUGUGGAGAAUAAGAAUAAUCAAGAUGAUUGGGAAAUUCCUUUCGAUCAAAUCACCGACCUCAAAUUUCUUGGAUCUGGAGGACAGGGAGCAGUAUUCUCAGGAACCCUCAACAACGUCCAGGUGGCUGUAAAGAAAGUCUCGGACCUUAAAGACACAGAUAUACGAAAUCUUAGGAAGCUGAAUCAUCCCAAUGUAGUGAAAUUCAAAGGCGUGUGUACUCAAGAGCCCUCGUGUUAUUGUAUAGUGAUGGAGUUUUGUCCGUACGGGCCUCUGUUCGAUUUGCUCAAAAAACAGAAAAAUAUUGUGACGAUUAACAGGGUAGUGUCUUGGGCUAAGCAGAUUGCAAACGGAAUGCACUAUUUGCACAGUCAUAAAAUUAUUCAUCGAGAUCUAAAAAGCCCGAAUGUACUGAUUGGAGAAGGCGAAGUGAUAAAAAUCAGUGACUUUGGUACAUCAAGAACAUGGAACGGAGUCAGCGAAAAAAUGACUUUCGCAGGAACAGUAGCUUGGAUGGCUCCAGAAGCAAUUCAAGAACUGGCCUGUAGUGAAAAGGUCGACAUCUGGUCGUAUGGUGUGGUGCUUUGGGAACUCAUUACCUGUGAAGUACCUUACGACGGUAUGAACCAAGGUGCCAUAAUGUAUUCCGUGGGAUCAGGCAAACUAAUCCCGCCCAUACCUUCCACGUGUCCAGAUGGUUUCAAACUAAUCAUGCAGAUGUGCUGGAAGUUCAAUCCCAAAGAACGGCCAAACUUCAAGCUGAUUUGCAACCAUCUGGAGAUCGCAUCUGUAGAUAUAUUCUCUAAGUAUGAAGACAAAACUUUCUUCGAAACACAGGAAAGCUGGAAGCAGGAAAUCAGGUCUCACAUAUUUCUGUUUUGUGAAAAGCUGCAGAAGCACAAGAUCGAGUAUCAGCUCAAAGAGGAACAGCUUAUCAAGCGAAGGGAGUUAGAACUGAAGCAUAUUAGAGAUAUUAGGCAGGUGUAUGAUCGAAGACUGGAAAAGGUGAAUCAAAUGUUGGUUAUGCUGUCGGGGAAGAUUCAACAGAUUGAACGACAAAGAUCUUGUGGACGGCCAAAAAAGAUGCUCUCUAGGUUUAAUACUAACAGACGAAGGCCUGGGAAUCAAAGUACGACUCCUACUAGCCCAGAAUGCAGUUUAACAAGUCCUGACAGUCCUCAACUGAUUCCAACAAAACCGCCAGAUUACAGCCGUUUAAACACCGACAUCGCAACACACUCUACGACAACACAAACAUCAAUAACAUCACGCAAAAGACAUCACCGAACAAACUCAAACUCUCCUCGAAACUCCCGAUGCUCCAGGUCAUCGAGUUCCAGAAUGUCGAUCGUGGUCGAUGCAGAAACACAGACUGAUUCCAUGGAUAUUAGCGAGACGGAUAUGAGUCCGACGACCAGCUGCGCGACUACCAGUUGUGCCAGUACGACGGUCUAUCCACAAAGGGUAAUACUAGAGGAAUUCAAAAGUAGCGUCAAAGAUGAGGCGGCGAACGGGAAUUGUGUGCAGUUGCAUUAUAUGGAACCACAUCCACAGCCAGUAGUUCAGAUAUUCACCAGAAGAGAUUCCCGAACGCCAAGUCCAGAGAUCUUUGAAUGCGAAGACAGCGUCAAUCGAAACAUUGAUCCGCAACUGUCCAGUGAAGAGGAUAACCUCGAAACGAUCAGUCGGAAAGUAUCUGCGAUGAAGAUCGAUACGAUCUUCUCACCGGAAAACGGCAACAUUUCCACCAACCUUGUAGAUAUCAUCAGGCAGCGAAGUUUUUCAGAAACAAGGGACGAUUUGGAUAGUACUGAAGAUGCAGCUAACGAAGAUAGUGUCACAGACGAGGAAGGGGAGAUAUAUAAUCAUCCUUUAAGAAGGAGAAGCAAACCUGCUUCUGGAAAAGAAUCUGUAAAGUCAAGUCUUGCGAGGAGGCCUAUUUACCCAGGAAGGCGAUCAAACCGUUUCAAAGCCAGUCUGGUCCACUUCCAACGAGAGCCCAACGCCUCAGACGAAGGCAACACAUCGGACUAUUCAGUCUCGCCUUCGAGCAAAUCCUCAACACUAGAAUCUAAUCCAGAGCGGGUGCGUCGCCUGUCUAAUCUGUCAAACAAAAGGACAAGUGACAGUUUAGGCAGGUCGUCAGAUAGUGAAUCAGAGGAUAACCUUACUAUCGCAACGCAGGUAGCAUUUACCUUAAACAAAACUGAAAACGUAGUCUGAAUAUGGAAGCGUGAAUGUGAUUUUAGUUUGUAAGUUUGUAAUUUUAGUUCCAAAAUCUCGUAUAGUAUAUAAUUCAAACGAUACGGUGUAUAUUCGAUUUUUUGACAAGUAUAUUUAUCACAUUUUUUAAUGAAGCUUGAUUUCUGAACCUGUUCUAUGAAUUACUUCAUAUUUACUAAAUACAAAACAUUUUUAUGUAGGAAAAUCCUUUAUAAAAGGUAUAUAUUUACUAAUUACUAAAAGUCCCUUAAAGGGCUACAUCACAACAACAGAAUCUGAAAAAAUCGUCAUCAGUAUACCACUAUAACCAUUAAAAUGAAUGUAAAAGUUUUAAAUGUUGACAAUUUGUUUCGAGCUUUUCAUCGAUUGUAAUUUGUUUCGAGCUUCUGUCAUAAGUUGUAUAAUCUGUGUAUAACAUUAAUAUACACGGAAUAUACGACAUUUCACAGAAGCUCGAAACAAAUGACUGCGAAUGAAAAGACCUAUACGCUGUGAGCUCGUACGUAGAGGGGAUAUUUAUAAAUUCGCGAGCGCCAGUAGUGGCAAAAUCUGUAAACAUAAAAAAUAUUAGUUGGUCAAAGCUGUGGUAUAUAUUUUACCUUAAAUAUACUUACGUUUUAAAUACUGAAUUUACGUUUUUUAAUGUUCCGUAAUAUGUAAUUAUAAAUUAAUCUAGCGCCAUCUACACGAUAAUUGUGAAAGUAUCCGAAGUAAGAAAUUAAUAUUUCAUCAAUAGAACGUCAAAAUGAUUAACAAAAUCUUAAAAAAAUCUGUUAUUGUCCUUUUCAUGAUCAUUUUUCAGUGCGUCACAAAUGAUAGGAAAAAGGGUAAGUCCGUGAUAAUACACAUUUUUUUUCUAAUUUAUUAUUUAUUCUAACAUGACAUUUUAGUUAAAUCUGACAGUUGUCACAUUUUAUUUUCAAUUUAGAAUAAAAACAAAUCAAAUGUGUUUCUUGCAUUUAUAAAAUGGUAUUUUCUUUGAUUUGUAUAGUCUUAUAAAUUAUACAGAUUAUAUUUGUAAUAUUAUUAUCUAAUUAAAAAAAAUUAUUUUUUUUUUAAUUAUGGCGCCAUCUAUCGACAACUAGAAUAAUCACAGAACUAGAAGUAAUCACCGACGUGCCUUUUUUUCUGUCACAUACAAUUUAAUGCUUUAGAAAGAAAUCGAAAAACUGUGACGCACUGAAAGAUGAUCAUGAGAAAAAGAAUAUAAUUUAAUUACUUUUUAGCGUUGCAAAUAUUAAGCGAUAACAAUUAAAUAAUAAAUUUAAAAAUUACCAGUGAAAGUUGAAUUAGUAAUCCGCCAGAAGCGACACCAGCGAAGCUCAGAGCGUAUACGCUGUGAGCUCGUACGUAGAGGGGAUAUUUACAAAUUCGCGAGCGCCAGUAGUGGCAAGUCUGUAAACGUUUACCGGAAAUUUGACAUAAAUGUCAAAGUGAUUAAUUUAAAAUUAAAAUUAAAAACAUUAAUUAUAAAAAAUAUUAGUUGGUCAAAGCUGUGGUAUAUAUUUUUACCUUAAAUAUACUUACGUUUUAAAUACUGAAUUUAAGUUUUUUUAAUGUUCCGUAAUAUGUAAUUAUAAUUUAAUCUAAAAAUCUUAACGCCAUCUACACGAUAAUUGUGAAAGUAUCCGAAGUAAGAAAUUCAUAUUUUAUAAAUAGAACGUCAAAAUGAUUAGCAAAAUCUUAAAAAAAUCGAUUACAUUUUAAUUAAUUUUUUGCGUUGUAAAUGUUAAGCGAUAACAAUUAAAUAAUAAAUUUAAAAAUUACCGGUGAAUAAUCCGCUAGGAGCGCCACCAGCGAAGCUCAGAGCGUAUCCGCUUCGAGCUUCGCUGGUAUCGCCACCUACCUACAGGAUUACUAGUAUAACUUUUACCGGAAAUUUUCUGGAAAGAAAAAGUGUUGCCUAUACGCUGUGAGCUCGUACGUAGAGGGGAUAUUUACAAAUUCGCGAACGCCAGUAGUGACAAGUUUGUAAACGUUUACCGGAAAUUUGACAUAAAUGUCAAAGUGAUUAAUUUAAAAUUAAAAUUAAAAACAUUAAUUAUAAACAAUAUUAGUUGGUUAAAUCUGUGGUAUAUAUUUUUACCUUAAAUAUACUUACGUUUUAAAUACUGAAUUUAAGUUUUUUUAAUGUUCCGUAAUAUAUGAUUAUAUAUAAUCUAAUAUAAUCUUAGCGCCAUCUACACGAUUAUUGUCAAAGUAUCCGAAGUAAGAAAUUGAUAUUUUGUUAAUAGAACGUCAAAAUGAUUAGAAAAAUCUUAAAAAAAUCGAUUACAAUUUAAUUACUUUUUUGCGUUGUAAAUAUUAAGGGAUAACAAUUAAAUAAUAAAUUUAAAAAUUACCGGUAAAAGUUGAAUUAUUAACCGCUAGGAGCGACACCAGCGAAGCUCACAGCGAAUACUCUGUGAGUUUCGCUGGUAUGGCUGCUAUCGCCAUCUAACGGUUGACUAGUGUUCCUAUUUCGGCCGGAAUUUUAAAGAGGACAGUAGAAAAGCGAAUAGUAGUUGUUUCAAACUUAUUAUUUAAUUCUUAUCGUGUAAUAUUUACAACGCAAAGAAGUAAUUGGAUGGUAAUCGAUAAUUAAUAGCAGUAAGUACAGAAUUUAUUAUUCAUAGAUUUUGCUUAUCGUUUUGACGUUUAUGUUGACAACUAAUAUUAGAAAAUUUUAUUCUACAAAAAAGUAUAAUAAUUUAAUAUAAUUAUAGUAUAAUACUUCUUAAAUAUUAUCUUAUGAAUGGCAGUUAACGGCAUCCUACGUUUGCUGUGAUUGGUCGUUAUCUUCACGCAUUCAAAUUUUGUUUCAGGAUUGGAUUGUAAAAUUAAAACCGUCAAAAUUCGAGAGUAUGCUAACUGAUCCUUUAGCUCCUUUUCUACCGUUUUAAAAUUAAAAUUGUGUUUACUUACUUUUUUCUAAUUGCAUCAAUCCAUUUUUGUCGUUAAAUCACCUUAUGCUUAGCGACAGGAAAGUUGUAGAAUACACAGUUACUAUUGUAACCAGUAUUUCGACACUCAUCUUUAAUACAACAACUUUCGUGAGACAUUUAAAAGCUAUAAUAUGCAACUCUUAAUGCAGAACGUCAAAAAGCAAAUUUCCAGUAAAGGUUUACAAACUGGUCACUACUGGCGCUCGCGAAUUUUUCAUUAUCCCCUCUACCUACGAGCUCACAGCGUAUACUCAUGAACGAUCACAUCAAUCACUUAUUUUGUAUUGGCUGUCUUUUUCUAUAACAAACGUUUGUUAUUUAUAGAAAAAGACAGCAAAUACAAAAUAAGUUAUUGAUGUGAUCGUUCAUGGGUAUAAGGCUUUUCAUAGAUUGUCAUUUGUUUCGAGCUUCUGUCAUAUGUUGUAUAAUCUGUGUAUACAAAUAUUAUAUACAGAUUAUACAACCUCUGACAGAAGCUCGAAACAAAUGACUGUGAAUGAAAAGCCCUAAUGGGUAUUCUUUCAUUUUUUCGACUGUACAGGAUACUAAGAUGCUGAGCCACUAAAAUAAAAAAAUUUUGGGUAAACACCCUCAAAAGUAUGUACAUAUUACAAUUAUAGGAAAUUUAAAUUGUUGAGUUUAAGUAUCAGUGAUGGUUGAAAUUGUCCUAAAUUUAGCACUAGGCAUCAUAGGACUCUCCACGUGGGUUGAACACGUCCUGAGGUCAAAUCCUCACAUUACAGACGGUAGUUAAUAAUUGAAUUUGAAUGAUACUUUUUGAAGGAUGUCAGAACACAAGUGUCAAUGCAACAGAAAGUACUUUUUUGUACCUAGAGUAACAAUAGACACAUAAAGUACUUCCUGUUACAUUGACAGUUGUCUCCUGACAUCCUUCAAAGAUUAGUAUCAUUAAAAUUCAGUUGUUAACUACUGUCUGUAAUGUGAGGACAUAACCUCAGGUAGUGUUCAACCCGCGUGGGGAGUUCUAUGAUGACUAUUAGUGUUAAAUCUAAGACAAUUUCAAUCGUCACUGAUAAUUCAAAAUGUAAAUUUCUUGUAAUUGUAAUACUUUUAAGGGGUUUUUACCCAAAUAUGUUUUGUUUUGGUGGCUCAGCAUGUUCGCAUCUUGUAAGUACAAUAGACUCCCUCUAUAACGAGAACUGAAAUUGCAGACUAAUUACCUCGUUAUAAGCGGAUCUCGUUAUAUCAGACAACAAGAAUAAUGUGCAUACAUAUGAAUAUAUAGUUUUCUAAAACAUUAACUUCCUAUAGUGAAACCAUUCGGAGCAAUAUAAUAUGCUAAAUAAUGUUCCCUCGACAAUAAGGCUUGGCCAUCACAAAUUGUAAAUUUUCUUACAUGUAUUCAAUAUCAGUCGAUACAUAAACAGAACAGGAACAAGUUUAUUAUAGCCGGUGGAUUUUAUUACAGCACUAUCCUCGAUAACCGCAGAGAUGUUGGGAAUUUUUGUAUACAGGUAGUUGGGUAUUUAUUUAUAGCCAAACAGCGCUAAAAAUAGAUAAAGAUACAUAUUUUACGAUUUCAUUUUUCUUCGUUGUAACCAAAUAUGUCUCGUUAUAGAGGUGUUACAGCUCAACAGGAAUUUCAUGGGACAUCCAGUAUACCUGGUUAUAAGCGAAACCUCUUAAUAACCGUGUUCGUUACAGGGAGAGUCUACUGUAUAACCAACUUUGUUAUUUCAACCUUAGUCAACAUUUAAAACUUUUGCAUUCAUUUCAGUGGUUAUACUUUUUUAGAUUCAGUACUGACGAUGAUCUUUUUAGAUCGAAAACGUUCUGCUACUGUGGUGUAGCCCUUUAAGGGACUUUUAAUUAAUAAAUUGUUACCCUUAUAGCGGAUUUUACUAUAUAAAAAAAUUGUGAUAAAUGGUAUACAGCCAGCUACAGGAAAUCAUUUUCUUAACCUUCUCUAAACAAUAUGUUGCUUUUAAAAUUUGAAACAAUUGAUCGAAAGAGGGGAUGUUGAUUAUUUUGAUGAGAUUUUAAAGGCUUUCAAUAAAGUAAUAGUAUUUUGCCAAAAAAUUGCACAUCUUUUAUCCGUCCAUCAUCAAUUUAUAAUAGCCAAACUUAUUUGCCAAACUCGUAAUUUCCUACCAGCUACUCUCCGUCUUUGUUUUAAUAUAUUCUGUUGUUCUGCGGCACAAUUUCAUUGUUGUAGAUUCUGUAAGUAAAAAAGACACAAUUUAAAAAUAAUUUGGCAAUUAUAAUUAAGGCCGGCGUAGCUAAGCGGUAGUGUGCUUGACUCGCGUGCUGGUAGGCCGGAGUUCAAAUUCUACCGCCGGCAAGAACAACUAGACAUUUUUAAAAUGUUUACAGACCCCAGGUCGACUCGCCUGAAUAAAAUGAGUACAUUGAGUAAAACCAGGGGUAAUAAUAGGCGGUUGAAGCGUAGCACUGGCCCUGUUACCUUCCUUGCAUACCGUAGGCCAUAGAUAUAGCAGACUACCCUGCCAAACUCCCAAAACCACGUGAGCGGUAUAAAACGGGAGACUAUUAUUAUUAUUAUUAUAAUCAAACGUGUGCCAAAAUUUGGUCCAUACCACAUCAAUAUUGAUGAUAAUGCUUCUAUAUACCGGAUUUUUAUUAUAGAGUAUGAUCUACUGUUGUUUUGUGAUAUUUUACAAUAUUAUUCAUAUACAAUGAAUAGGUAGCUAAUUUUGACGACGGCUUCUGAUAAAAACUUCAAAAUAUGUAUUUUAAAAAAUAUAUAGAAGACUUGCUUGCAUAAAAUGAGUAUUAUGAGCAUGACGAAAGGUUAUAAUAGACUAUAUUGAAGUGCAGUACCAUUGUUCCAUUGUACCAUUGUCAUUUGGUGAUGACAAUAUACGAACGAAACUAUGAAAUCCGAUAUUACUGAAAACAUUUAUUGUCUGAAGUGCAUUCUCGUGUUCACUAUAUGAGUGCAUUCUCACUAUAAGAGUGGUUUUUAAUACUUUAUAUUGAAUUCAGUAUGAAAUUAAAGUAGUAAUAGAAUCCUAAUUUUUUAUGAUUCUUUUUUUUUUGGGGCAUGCAUAUUUUAAAGGUUCAUGAAAUUUGAAACAUCUCUACCUGAAACACAUCACUAAAACUAAAACAUUUAAAUAUAACUUUCCUCUAUAUAUUAUGAAGUAGUUCAUAUGAAUGGGUUACAGUGUAAGUCAGGAAUCAAACUUGUAUAUUUUUAACUUUACCCGUUUUUCUUUAAUUGGGUCGAUUUUAAUUUCAAGAUCUAGUAUUACUUCAAUUGUCACUGACGUUGGCUAUUAUAAUUCAAAAAGGUGUGAUGCCACUGAAACAGAUUAUGUAUAGAAUAUUUAUAAAAACUUUUUUUUCUGUACAGAUAGUAAGAUGCUACUUUUUCAUUCAUAUGUCACUUAUGGCCUCUUUACAAGAUAUUACUUUAUGUGCGUUAUCACAUACAUUACUGCAUACUACUAAAUAAUCAGUUUACUAGAUUAUAAAUACAGUACAUGCCUGGAUUCUGCAUUUAACAUAUUAUAUUAACAAACUGCCACUCCAAGUUUUAUUUUAUUUGCCCAUUGCUCCUCACUACCCUUUUCUAGCUACGUUCUGUGAUACUUUACUUGUAAUCUUAUUACUGUACUUCCACUUACAGUUCUUUGGUGUGCUUUCUAUGAGUAGAGCAUAAAAAUAGGUAAACUUUGAACUCGUCAUGCGCACAGGGUACAUACACCUAUGUUUUAAAAGGUGUUGCCCGAGACAGCGUUUACAUUUAUUUCUUUGAGAAAUUUUUUAAUCUGAAAAAAUUCCAACUGGUUUUAUUUUUUUAAGAACGUCAUACGUCGAAACCGAAAUACUGACACAACUCAAAAUAAUACUUCAACUUAUUUUAAACAUAACCUCAACUUUGUCAAAAGACUGACACGACUCAAAAUAAUGCAUUAUUUUUCACAGAAAGUAUUGUAUUAUCUUAUUAUGUUUUUGAGAUAUGACAAUAUUGUGUGAUAAAUGUCGAACCAACUCUUCGAAUAACAAUAAUGACACUUCUGCCAUCUGACGGCCAUCCAACUUGAGGUUAUCACACAAAAAGUAUAAGUAGAAUAUUUGAAAUAUUUUCACUAACAUAGUCCAUUUUUUACUUCAUUUGAGAUAUGACAGUCUUCUUCCAAGGUUUUUUUUUGUAAGCAUUUAUUAACAAUCAGAAUUACAUAUUCUAUAAGUUAAUUUGAUGACAAGUACAAUAACUUAUAUCAACUAUUAUAGUAUUGUACACUAAUAUGGCGUUAUGAGGUACAUCACCCAGUGGUUUCACCACAGUUUCAGCGAAGAUCUAUGGGCCAUAAUCUUCGCAAUCUUCUGUUGUUUAGUGGCUGCAGUAAUGGUAAUAUUAAUUGGUUGGGGUGGCCUUCCAAUUUCUCGUGGUGUCUGUUGGCUUAUCUUCCAAGGUUGCGAUAUGUUUUUAGUUUUUACAGUUUUGGUAUUCAGUUUAAAUGCCAUAUUUCUCACAUGGCAUCUUGGAAUUUUAUAUUGUCAUUGACAACCGAAGUUAUACUAAAUUACAUAAAUUAAAUUUUUAUUAUAAUUUUUAUUGAUUCUGUAUUAUGUAUAAAAUAACAAUUUUAAUUUGUCAGUUUUUACUUAAUUAUCCUUUUUAUUAUUUGUAAUAAUUGAUACUUAUGUGUUUAUUUUAUGAAUUGUGCAAAAUUUAAUUGUUAUAUUAUUUGUCCAGUUACAUUUAUUUAUUGUUUUAACUUAUUCGACCAUUUUUUAUACCUCUUCAAGUAAUUUUUAUUUUACUUAUUUAAAAGUACUUAUUUAAACUUUUAAGUAAGGUAGAUAAUUAAAAAUAAAUAAAUUUUUUGAAAUAGUUAUAACAUAGACGUAUGUUAUUUACUGUUAAAUAUAAACUUAAUGUUUAAAAAUAAUAUUACAGAUACACAGCAUAUUUACUACUUUUAUAUGUUUUCAAAACUACCAGAUUUUUUGUAUGAAUUGAAAUGACAAUAAGCUACCUAUUUGAAAUUAUGAUUUUACUAUUUUUAUACAUUUAUCUAUGUUAUUUUUCAUACUCUACGAACAAGGGCAGUCAGUAUGAGUGGACCUUAAGCUGGUAAACAAUUUUUGCAAAGUAUUGUGCAAUUAGCCUUAAAGCUAAGUUUAGUUAUUUAAUUGGCUAGUUGAGAUAUUCAAGUCUUAGAAACUCCACAAGUUUGUUAAAUUGGAUUUAGGAUUGGAUUGGAUUGGAUUUAAAGCUUGUUUAGCAGUAAAUGGUUGACUUCAAUUAGUACGGUCGUAAAUAUUAUUAAAUUUAUCUGACUUAUCCCAUUGUUAAGACUGGUCCGGAGCGAUAAACAAACGAGGUAGACAAAGUUGGUCUUUUGACAAUUAACACUGACUAGACGGUACUCCUGUAAUAAAGCAAAGGAUCCACAAAAUUUACAAUAAUUACGACGACAAAAACAAAAAACGGAUGUAAAAUAUAUUGCUUUGCAUUAUAUACCCGAAAUUAAUAUUUUCAAAUGAGUUUUAAAAUAAAUUAAAUCUAUUUUAAUUGCUAAGAUUAUAGAAAAACAAACAUUCAAACAUAUUUAAAUUUUACCUGGAACCGGGACUUUUAUACUAUUAUCGGUUAACCCAGGAUGUUUAUAGUCGGUACUAUUUGAAGUCAACCAUUUACUGCUAAUCAAACUUUACCAGUUGGAUAAAAAUCUGUUCAUUGUAGUAUUCGAUUUAAUAUUUUUCUUACCUGCGACUCAGAUAUGUCUGAAUCACAAAAUCUUGCAAAGCCUAUGCAAUUAAAAACUUUAGUAUGCUAAAAGGGAGGCAUAGAUGUUAAUUGAGGAAAUAAAUUACUAGGUGAUUUCAUAAGUUACCUCCUUUGAAAUGAAAAACAUUUAUUCUUCUUCAUGUACCAUGUCCUUUCAGAACGUUAGUUACCAUCAUAGCUAUAUCACUGCUAUAUCAAAUCAGUGAAUUGUAUUCACUGCUACCGUAAAUAGUAUGAUUGUUUGUAUCAAUACCAUACCAAUCUCGCAAGUACUUCAACCAUGAAGUCCUUCUUUGUCCUAGACUGCAUUUGUCUGCUAUUUUCCCUUGCAUAAUAUUUUGUAGCAACCUAUAUUUGGGACCUAUUAUUACAUGUCCGAAAUACUUCGGCUAUCUCUUCUUGAUGCGUUUUAGAAUCUCGUUAGUCUUGCUGAGACGGUUCUAAUAUUGUGGAGUUUCGAAUCAUCUCCACCCAAAACGCUUUUAUGGCGAGAAAAACAUUUGUGGGAAAUGAGAAAAACACUAAAAAAACAUUUAUGAGGUUUUACAAAUUGCUGCCAUGAAAAUUGUUAACCUGCUUUUGGUCCACUGUAUGUAUCUUAAUUUGUGUAUUACUCCAUUUAUCAAUUUUUUCAAGGUUUUCUUUUUGCUUGCAAAAUUUGGUUAUUGUUGAACUGUAGUUUUUAUGGUAUACUUUGAUUUUAUCAUAUAUAAUUAUGCUUUCAUGAAAUUAUUAUAACAUCUUUUAAAAUUUGAAAAUCUCUUUACUUUGUUUGAGUCGGAAAAAUGAAAGACCGACCACAUCAAUCACUUAUUUUGUAUUUCGACGAUUAAACUGCAAAACCUCAUAAGUCGAUUUUUGGUCCAUUAUGACUUUUAUACUUAGUUGGUUUAUAUUUUUACAUAUCUUUUAAACUACGAAAGCUUGUAAGUUAAUAUUUAAAUUUAAUGGUACUAGCGACAUCUACAAAAACCUCGUAAGUAAGAUUUUAAGUUACAAAACCUCCUAAGUAGCAUUUUUAUGAGACAAAACCUCGUAAGUUUAAUGAUAGUUUAAGAUUUUAAGUUACACAACCUCGUAAGUCGCUUUUUGACAAAAAAAAACAAUAUUACUGAAUUUUACUUAAUGGUGAUGGAAUCGUUACCUAAAAAGAACCAUACACACACAAAACGAAUAAACUGAAUCUUACAUAAAGAAGCCAACAUGUUUUUCGUCUCUCCUCUAACGUUACAUAAAACUGACUUACGAGGUUUUGCAGUUUAACCGUCGAUUUGCUGUCUUUUUCUAUAACAAACGUUUGUUAUUUAUAGAAAAAGACAACAAAUACAAAAUAAGUGAUUGAUGUGAUCGUUCACGGGUAAUCUUUCAUUUUUCCGACUGUACAUUUUGCGAAAUACCGAUCAUUUUUAAAUUAUUUAAGUUUUAGAAUUCGUAACUUACAGUUGAGAUAUACGAAUAUUGAGAGCACACAUCCCUGUUGAACUCCUCAUAAUCGUGACUCUCAUAAUAGUGAAAUAAUAUAAAACUAAUAUUGAACAAUAAUUGUUAAGAUAUGCAUUUUGUUUAUGGUUACAUCUUGACCACAGUAUAAUGCUAACUAAUCAGUUAAAAACGAAUGAAAUAUCACAACUUCUACUAAAAGAGUCUAUUAUGCAACCAUAAUUUAGGAAUACCAUAAUGUGGAAUUCGACAUGAGCCGCGUAACUGCUAAUGUCGUAUAGAAUACGAGCAUUAUAAUGGCAAUUAAAUGCGAGUAGUAUACAUGAUAUUUUGCAAAAAAAGUAAAUAGUUAUAUGAUUAAAUUAAUUAUUUUGUUGAUACAUUUAUAUGUUCAAUAGGUAUUACAAUUAUUAAAACGAAUUUAAGGGGACAAUUUUAUGCGCUGGUUGAUAAAGUUCCUGUCGUCGAUGGGGUGAUAUGAAUUUCCUUAUUAAUUAAGAUGACACAAUAAAAAUUUGUAUAGAAACCUGUCGGAUAUUAGCAAGCCAUAAAAUAGUAAAAGAUCUACAGUCUAUACUGUAUAUCUAGUUCUGCAUAAGUUACGAAUAUCUAUAGCACAAUAUCUAUAUGCUUAUCAUUCAAAUUAUAUUUGAUAUUAAUAGGAAUGAUAGGUGACCGUCAUUUUAUUACGAAGCCGGUUUUAUUUUUCAUAUGCAACCAGCAAGACAUAUUUAUAUAACAUAUUAGUUCUAUAAUCUUGCCGAAAACUACGGUUUCAAAAUAAUACAAAUAUAUAAAAACCGCAGGUGCCCCUAAAUAAUAUAACAGUUCUUAUGUUUGUUAAAACAUACAAUCGAUUAAUCUGUGAAUUAUCUACUGAACAUAAUAUUUAUAUAUUGGAUUUUUGCUACAACUAUCACUGCACGACAUUAGUCGCUAGCGUACAGUACAUUGUAGCCUUGUAUUCGAAAUAGUAAAGGGUGCACCUUCUUGUUCAAACAGUGUUUACAACUGAUGUUCUCUCUUCCUAUACAUAUAUUAUGUCGGUUACAACUGUUAACAAGAAGUUUUCUUUUAGUCUAGAACCAAGCUGUUUAUUUUAUUAAUGCAAGACCCUUAACUAAGUCGUCAAACUCGAUCUGUGUAAAUAGUUUAGGCGCUAUAUUUUCUGUAGCAUAUUAUAACUCUUCAUCAUCUCAUUUAGCUCUGACUAAGGCAAAUCUACAUCGUGCCCUACUGGUCGGAUGACGGACAUUAGGUUAGGGUAGCUUAGUACCUUCUUGUGUUUAGAGUUAUGACCAGUAAUAUCAAUACUGCGAAAGUAGAAUUAUCAGUGUGGUUUCUAGGCUGCCUGUAUACCAUAGGAAUGAGAACAGCAAACUUAAAGGUUUUUUUCUCCUUUUUUUUGCCAUUUUCUAGGAUCUUAAACACAAACGUAACAUACCUUAUGCGAGGCCUAACAUUGGUUCUGAUCACCAAAUAUAAUACCACAAAUAUAACAAAACUUACCACAAAUAUAACACAAACUGUCAGCACAGUUUGUACAAUUAGACAUUUUACUGAGCACAUGUACUGGAAACCAGAAAGUGAUGUUAGGUUGACAUUAAACUGUGUUUCGCAGUGUUGCCAACUCUUCUACAUUCAGUACCAGUUAUUUUAAAAUUCCAUUUGAACUAAAUAAAAGCUGUUAAAUUCUUCAAGAAUCACAAAAUUUAAUGUAUUUAAGUGUAAAUGUUAAGAAAUGGUAGAUGAUACAGCUUAAUAAGUGUCAUAUUUGGGUUUAGAACCCAAAAAACAUAAGAAUGAGGUGUUUUAAAUAAAAAAGCUUUUUCAUCGUUAGCCUGUGGCCAUUUGCCCUGAGAAAAAACUUUAUUCGUCGUUAAUGUCGUGCAGUUGAAGUUGUAGGAGAAGAUAAUAAAAUAUUUUUAUAAGAUCUUGUAUAGAAUCUUUGUAGAAAUUUUUCCCUGUGCAAAAUCGUUUCGAAACAUUUUGCAUUUGUGUUUUUUGUAUAACUUGGCAAUUGUGCUUUAAAUCUUUGAGUUAUGACUUAUAUUCUAUGUACGUAAUACGAUUUUAGUAUUAAGCCCUUAUUGGUUGAAUGUACAGGCGGGCAAAAGUGUAAAUAUGCGUUAAACUAGUCGCCGUCGUGGAAACUUUUAUAAAUGUUUGAAAAUUGGUAAUAUUUUUUAUAAAUAUCGAGGUUUUUUGAGCUAAAAGUACCUACGUUAGAGUAAAUGUUUAGAGAAUAGUAGGUAAAAUGUUUGUCUAUAUCAAAUACUUAUGUAUGUAUAACUUGUUUAUCAAUUUUGAAAUUGGUAGAGUGUUUUGUUUUAAAUUAAAACUAUUAUUCUACACAACUUAUAAUGGUAUAAAUGUAGUUAUUGUUUGGUUUUUAUAUUAAGAAUUUAUUGAGGAAUAUGUUUUUCGUUAAAUUCUAUAGAAAUAAUAAAUAUUCCACUGGAAUCUUAAAGUAUCCUAUCAAAAAUGUACAUUAGUAUUAUCAAAAUGUGCAUACCAAUCUUCGAAGCAUAGACGACACUUCAAAGAAAAAUAAGUUUUGCAAAAACUCAUCUUAGAUACAUAAUUAUUUACCGAUUACUGCAAGUACUGUUUCUGAAAAAAUAUAACGACCAACGAACAGUUUCAUUCACAAUAAACGCUGACAAAUCGUUUAAAUGUAAGAUGAAGGAACACUAUUCAUUUUGAUAAGAUUUUUACAAAAUAAGAUUAAUAUUAUUAGAUUAAUAUUAUUAUGAUAACUAGGGAGCGGAUUUAUAUGCGAUCAAUUUUGAUGAAAUAUGCGCAUAUAUAUGCAGUAAAAAAUUACGAAAUAUGCGCAAGAUAUGCACAAAAAUUCAAAAAAUGCGCAUUUGGAGAAACCACAAAUUUUCUGUUCUGUUCUAUUCUAGGGGGUUCUUUUAUAGGGGGUGGGCGGCAAUCUUAUUUAUUAUCUUUAAAAUAACAUAAUUAUUUUUUAUAUAUGCAAUUUAUUCACAUUUUUUACAAAAACUGAUACCAAUAGUUACCUAUUUAAAAUACAAUAUCACUAUAUAUAUCUUCGAUUAUAAUUCACUACAAUGUGUUUUUCCAAAUUUUUUACGUAACGAGGAAAACUGGAAAAUUUCUUUUAACAUCAACAGAAGUAAUUGGGGCGUAUUUAAAACAACGGCGGAUCCAGCAACCUUGCAAGGUGGGGGCAAUGAAAUAAAAAUUUUCUUAUAAUUGGCGUACGCAGGAUUCUUUUUCGGGAUGGGCUGUUGUUAUCUUAUUCUUCAUAUACCAUGUCCUUUCAGAAUGUUGGCUACCAUCAUUAUAUUUAUUGCCACCCUAAAUAAACCAUGAAGAUCUUCUUCGUCCUGGACUGCGUUUGCCUGCUAUUUUCACUGGAAUAAUAUUUUCUAGCAACCUAUAUUUGGGACCUCUCAUUAAAUGUCAAAAAUAAUCCAGCUAUCUUUUCUUGAUGCUUUUUAUAAUCGCAGUAGUCUUACUGAGACAUUCUAGUAUUGUGGAGUUUCGAAUCUUCUCCAUCCAAUAAACUCUUAAAAUUCUUCUAUGCAUCACAUUUCGAUAGCCUCAAGGCGAUUUAGAUCGAUUUUAUUCACAGUCCAAGACUCGACACCAUACAGUAAGACCGAGAACACGUAGCGAAGUAGUCGGAUCCUUAAUGCCAAUUUUAGGUCUCUGUUACAUAAUACUUUGGACAUCCUUCUAAAAGCGGCUCUUAUUCGGGGGGUUUUAUUAAAUGAUUAAAUUACUAUAACAUAGCACCAGCAAUUAGUAUUUUUAUCUGGUCUCUGGCAUUGAACUGAAUAGAUGGCAAUAAACAGAUAUAUUGUGGGACUUUUUCAUUUAUUAUGUUCCAAAGACUUUUAAUAAUUUUCGAUUCCAAGGAAUUCUGCCAUAUUUAUUUUUCAGUUAUCAACAGGACACAAAAUUUACUAUUUAUGUUCAAUCGUAAUCUCUUUCUUAAAAACAAUGUCAGUAGACACCAAGGCGAGGUCUCAAGGAGGGGGCAAUUGCCUCCAUUGAUCCCCCUUGGAUUCGCGCCUGAUUUAAAAUAGCUUGUUAAAGCCGAAAAUUCUGCACCAAAAUAAAUUUCAAAAUUUCCAUUAAAAAUUUCGCAUAUUAUAUGUCCUCCAAAGAUUUAAAGCCGUUUAAAGACGGGAUCUGAUCUAAAGCAUGAAUAUUUCUAUUUGCGUUAGAAAAUCGUAAAACUAUGGUUGUUAAAGCUGUAAAUUCUCUUAACAAUAGGGAAUUUAAAAGAAUCACCAGAAUUAUAGGUAUUGUACCUACUAAAUUGGGAUACAAAUUGUACUAAAUAUAAUAAAAGUAAAUAAAACUCGGAUUUCCCGGUAAACCGUCCUUCAUCCUUUUAACAUCUUACAAUCAAUCAUUUCAUAACGGCGUACUAUAAGCACUAUAAGUACUUUGUGUAAAGAUCUUGUAUUUUCUAAAAAAAAAAAAAAUGAAAAGACAGCGAAUAAGCCGUCUCUCUUCGGGUAGUUCUCGAAUUAAUAUAUACGACAGCCUGUGCGGGGAAAUAUUUUGUGUCGAAUUAAAAAAUUUAAACUUUUUUUUGGACUUAAAUGUUUUUAAAUAGGCACAAAAUAUGCAUGUGUCUUUAAAAAUAUGCAAAAUUUAGUAAAGUUCUCAAAUAUGCGAAAUAUGCAUGCAAUAUGCAUUUAGCAUAAAAUCCGCUCCCUAAUGAUAACAAAUAACAAACUUAUUGAUUUAUCUAGUUGAAUUGCGUUGGUUUUUGCUGCAGUUCACAAGUUAUAAUAUGCUGUAGCAUAGUACCGAAAUCUUACCAAAUCUUAAAUAUGACUCCAAAAACGGAAUCGAAAGCUAGACACCGUCAAAUGCAACCAGGGUAAAUAAAUUUGCGGGUGUGGUGAGAGUAAAUUGGAUAUUUGUUGUAAAAUAUUAACUUUGAAGAUGUACUUAUUUGCAAAUAUUCCUCAUUUUUAAUAUAAAAACCAAACUUUCAAAAUAGGUAGACUGAAUGUAGAAAAUCGACCCUGUUACAUUCCUCCUCCUUAUCUAAAGUGAUGCACGAUGAUAUUCUGUUGUGAAAUUUUCCAUCCUUUUUGUUUAACAUUUUUGAUUGUGAUAUUUUGUAUGGUAGCUAUAGUUGUAUGUACUUAUUUUAUUAAUUUUAAGUGAUUGUGUCGCAAUAUUUAUGUAUUUAUAAACAUCACUUGGACCAAUUUCUAUAGUUUUUUUUGUGUAAUAAGGAUAUAUCCUGUGCAAUGCAGAAACUGGACUAAAUCGUGUAUUUUUUGGUGCACUUUUUUGCACAUAUUUUGAUCACUUUAAAUAUUUAUUGACUUUAUAAAAAAUUGUUCUACCUAAAGAACAACGUGUAAAUUAUAAAGACAGUAUGACAGUAAAUAUCUAUAGUAAAAAAUAUAAAGUAUUUUUCUUCGCUUCGCAAACAAAAAACGAAGUUUAUAACCUAGACAUUUAAGUCUGUGACCAGGUUCGAAAUAUGCCUAAUUUAAGCAUGCAACUCCAGAGAAAUCAAGAGUUUGAAAUAUCUCAGUUCUUGCUUAGUGCAUUACAUGACUUCUUUCCUUAAACUCUCUGGAGCAUGAGGCUGUCGCGAACUUACUCCAUCCUCUGUCAGCGCGUUCACCUCAACUAAAGAUUCUCCUAUCCAUUUAGCUUCUUCCUUCAUAGAUUUGUGCCACGUUUUCCUGGAAAGAAGUCCAACCCUUCUUUCCGUUUUACGAAUUUCAGUCUAAUCGUAACCUCAGAUUGUCAACACUUUACUUGUUUUCUUAAUGUAUUAUUACUUUCUCUUCAUAAAUUUCUGAAGAAUCUUGUGUCCUCUAGAAUUGUAUUAUCCGGUCAAAGAAUUCGCGGUUCACAUAUUUUAAGUUUUUCCUGAAAUACCUGUUGUACAUCAGUGAAGUAUGCAAAAUUAAUUAUUUUCUAAGUGAACCUAGGACAGAAAUGUAGGUUAGAUGAAAUCAAAGAUGUUGGUUCAUCGUAAGGUUAGUUGGUAAAAUGUAUCAUUGUGCAAGCGAAUCUUUAUUUUUAUGGAUAUACUUAUAUUGCUCAAGACAGUUUACAUCUGUAUAAAAAAUCCAUUUGCCCUACUGAAUCUACUUUAUCACAUAUUCGUCUUUUUCUCAGAUCGCUGUAAUCACACUCUCAUGCUAUUAAAAUUGCGCAACCUUUUCAGCUCUCUCGCUCCCAAAACACAACUAAUAAUUCAUUUUCUCAUUGAUACGAAUUCCUCUUAUCUUUUUUGAACUAAACAACUUUGUUUGCUUCGUGAAUUUUACAAAAUGAUUGAAGGAUUUAACUCAUGAGAAACUACUAAAGAAACUGCACCUAGGGAUACAACAACAAGGAACAUACUGCAUUGGUUGAGUAAAUAGUGGCAAUGUAUCACUAACGGGUGCAAGUCUUUCUGAAUAGCGGAUGACACUCACAUUUAACAAUAAAUGUAAUAUAUUGCACGUACGCCACUGCCUAAACGCCUAGCUUGCGAUAGUUUCUCCGGUCGAGACGAAAAUAAAGUUUGUUUAGCAGUAAAUGGUUGACUUCAAUUAGUGCGGUCGUUAAUAUUAUUAAAUUUAUCUGACUUGGUCCAUUGUUAAGACCCGUCCGGAGCGAUAAGUAAACGAGGUAGACAGAGUUGGUCUUUUGACAAUAAUUAACACUGACUAGACGGUACUCCUAUAAUAAAGCAAAGGAUCCACAAAAUUUACAAUAAUUACGACGACAAAAACAAAAAAAAAACGGAUGUAAAAUAUAUUGCUUUGCCUUAUACAUAUACCCGAAAUUAAUGUUUUUAAAUUAGUUUUAAAAUAAAUUAAAUCUAUUUUAAUUGCUAAGAUUAUAGAAAAACAAACAUUCAAACAUAUUUAAAUUUGACCUGAAACCGGAUCUUUUAUACUAUUAAAGUACCAGUACAAGUAUUGACCAUUGAAGUCAACCAUUUACUGCUACACAAACUUUACCUCAUCACCAUAGUUUGAGGUUGCUAUAUAUGGUAUAUCUUUGUAUAGCUGGACAUAUGGACAACAUAGCGUAAGUGCUGGGAUAACAGAAUUAAUUGAACUGUAUAUAACUCCAAGAGGAUAAUCAAACUUUUCGUUGCCGUGUUUUGAAACAGCGCUAGAAAACAAACAAUAAACUAGAAAAUGUAAAAAAGGAAGAAUUCAAUUCAACUGUAUCUUAUUAAUCUGUACAAUCAUAAUUGGCUACUGACCUAUUCUAGGCAAUACUCGAUCAGCUUAAAGUGGUUACUUUUUUUAGUUUCUAACACUUUUUCCAUUCCGUCCAAAUCCUAGUCUUAUUUAUUUUAUUGGCAAUGUUAAAAAUGAUUCAGAUUUUUGUAUUUUUUAAAACUUUCCAUUUUAUUUACUUAUAUAUUAUGACGUGCCCAAUCACAUGUUAAAUAAUUAAAACUAAAUAAGUAUUGUGGGAAUUAUAUACCAGAGUUUGUAAUCAUAUUAUUAUCUUGUUUCCAGACUUAUAAGCUGACGAGUUAUUUAUUAUAAACGUUUCGUCUACAAUACAACUUGGGCAGAUACUGUCAAUCCUUAGCGGAAGACUCUUAGAAGAUCGCCUUUAGUUGAAGACAAAACAUUAAGAAGAAAUAAUUCGUCUCAAUUAUUCCUGACUGGAAUAUAGAAAACAAGUGAUCUUUUCAAAAUGCAUACUUGCUGUGAAAUCAUAUACUGCGUAUUAUUUAGUUUUAAAUUAGUUAUAAAUCACCUACACACAGUGUGGUGAGUGUAUGUCAUAUGUCAUAUGUCAUAUGGAUAAGUAAAUAGACUGGAAAUUAAACUAAAAAAAAUUUAGGUUAAAUAUAUUUAUUUUAAUAAAGAAAUUUAUGUAUAUUAUUAAUUUUUUUUUUCUACAAUUUAUUACUCAUAUUACAUGAAUGUAUGUUAUAUAUUUAUACAAAUAUUCUUAUUAUACAGCCCCAAACUUUAUAGAAAAUGGUCUAAUUCGCCAUGAACAAAGUAUAACUCAUUCCGUCACUUAAUAGAUUAUUUUUUAGAAACGAAAUAAUUAGAUUGUACAAAACUUUAACUGAAAGUGUACAAAUAUUGUUCAUAGAGUUGUUAGAUAUAAACUUAAAUAGUCGGUCAUAGACCCCUGUUGAGCUGCCCGCCAUGUUACAGAACUUAAAAAACAAAUAGCGCUAAAUUAUGAACUCCUCAUGAGCUUUCAUAUCUCACAGAUUAAAAAUUUUGAGCUCGUUACACUGGGCAGGAAUUUAAUAUGUUUUGUGGGGGGCUGACUCAAUGUUGCCCCCCCCUACCUAAAAAUAAAGAUAUUUAGACAUCCCCUUAACCUCCAAACAACCCUUUAAUUGAUUCAAUUUAAGAGAAAAAUGUUGGGAAAAUUUAAAUAAGUCGUAUUGCGGAUAUAUUUUAAUUUCUUUGACAUUUUUCUCUUGAGUUUAAUCAAAUUAAAGGGUUGUUUGGGGGUUAAGGGGAUGAGCUCAAAAAUCGAAACUACGGUACAUAUAUGAAAGCUCAUAAAUAGCUUGUAAUUUAGCGCUAUUUGCUUUGUAAUUUCUGCAAGGUGGGGGCCAGCUCAACAGGGGUGGUCAUGAGAAUGGUUUAGUUGAAAUGAAUAUUUUUUUAAUCUUAUGGAUACCCUUGUUUCAAUUAUAUCAUUUGUAAUUUUUCGUAUUCAUUCCAUUUUGGCUAGUAGUAAUUACUUAGAUUGUAAUGCCUUUUUGGCUUGAUAUUUAAAUAAAAGAAAUAUUAUAUAA